AUGUCGGACAUGUCGCGCAGUACCCGUCACAUCAAAUGUGAUGAGACACCCGGUGUAUGCAAUAAUUGCAAGUCCACUGGUCGUAAAUGCGAUGGGUACGACAUAUCUCGCUUGAGCGGCACAGUGCUCCCUGUCGACAUCAUCCCAAAUCUCGGAGACCAAUUAGGCUGGGUCACAACCACGGACGAGACUCGGUGCUUUUCAUACUUCACACGCUGCUCAAUUCCUGGUCUGGCAACAUUCUUCCACUUGCCACUCUGGCAAAAGCUCGCCAUGCAGAUGAGCCGUAUCGACCGCGCUGUUUAUCAUGCCGCGACUAUGUUUGGUGCCAUCCACGAAGACUCCGAUCAUCAUCGGAUGCGCCUAUUGGGGGAAAACCUAGGCAAAUCGCGUCAUCGUUUUGCCCUCGAACAGGCCUCUAGAGCAUACUCCUUACUCCAGAAUCGCUCGACUUCCAAUGACCCCCAGUUUCGCGAAGUAUUGUUGCUCUGCUGCCUCCUUUUCCUUCUCUCCGACCUGCUUCUCGGGCGGUAUGACCAUGCCUUCAUACAUUUGCGCGGUGGUCUCACGAUCAUAGAAGAGGCGGGAGAUCAAUAUAACUUUCUGACUGUGCAUCAUGAGGGCUCCCUGCAGAAUUGCUUGGUGCAGAUAUUCCAGCGGCUAAAUUUCGAAUCUGCUCUCUUCGGGGAGGGCAGACCGUUCCUUUCCUUCCGUAAUGAGCGGAAGCACGAUUGUCUUGAUGCAUGUUUUCCUUUCACAAGGCAGGGACAGCAAUAUGCCCAUCAGUCCAUUAACAACAUGUUGGCUAUGGGUGUUCCAUUUCUUACUAAGUGUUGGUUGCUCUCUCGCUCUCAGGUUGAAGCUGAUUAUCAGGAAUUGUUUGAGAACCAACAGCGCCUCAUUUCCGGUUACCUCCGGCUGAAGGAACGGAUUCAACGUUAUUAUGAUCAUUUAUAUCAUGAAUUCGACUAUGUGGAAAAGCAAGGACUGGAAGUUCUUCAACUUCAAUGUGAUGGUCAAUUGCUUAGUAUAAAGACUUGUCUCCUUGACGGCCCGAUACCGGACAGUUUCACUCCCGAAUAUGUGAAGCUGCUUGAAGCCUGCGAAAAUUUCAUGUCAAAAUUUCCAGAACGUUCCACAGUCACUCUCGACUGUGGUGUCGUCCCUAGCCUUUAUGUGGUAGCAUCAAAAUGCCCGCAAUAUAUGAUUCGGUUGCGGGCAAUCGACACUCUGUUUUCAUGGCCGCAUGUGGAAGGACUUAUUAAUUCCAAUUUUGUGGCCUCAUUAGCCUUGAAAAUUAUGAAGGGAGAACUGCAGGGCAAGGAAACCCGAGAUACCUUGUCGUUGAUCGAUCAGCAGGCGGAGAAAGAACUGGAUCGCUUUCUUUCCGAAACGCUGAUUUCAACGCCACAGGCUAUUAAUUGGCCCUCGAUUCGUGCCGCAAAAAUCCUCAGCCCUUAG